AUGUCUACUUUUGUUCGAUCUACUACCUCUAAGUAUAAGUUUGGUGCUCAUAUUUCUGCUGCCGGAGGAAUCUCUAAGAGUAUCCUCAAUGCGUUCAACAUCGGAUGCAAUGCCUUUGCAAUGUUUUUGAAAUCUCCAAGAAAAUGGGUUUCACCACAGUAUACAACGGAAGAAAUUGAAAAAUUUAAAUUACACUGCAAAGAGUAUGGUUACGAUCCAUUGACAGACAUUCUACCGCAUGGCCAAUAUUUCAUUAAUUUAGCAAACCCCGAUAUAGAAAAGGCAGAGAAGGCUUACGAUUCCCUGCUAGAUGAUCUUCACAGAUGUGAGCAACUGGGAGUUGGUUUAUACAAUUUACAUCCUGGAUCCUCGCUGAACGCGGAUCAUAAUGAACAAAUUAAACAAUUGGCAAAAUAUUUGAAUAAGGCCCUAAAGGAAACCAAAUUUGUCAAGAUUGUACUGGAAAACAUGGCAGGCACUGGUAGUUUAAUUGGCAGUGAAUUGCAGGAUAUUCGAAAUGUUAUAGAUCUAAUUGAAGAAAAGGACAGAGUAGGUGUUUGUAUUGACACUUGCCAUACCUAUGCAGCAGGAUACGAUAUUAGCACGAAAGAUAGUUUCGAUAAAUUUUGGAAUGAUUUUGAUGAAAUCAUUGGAUUCAAAUAUUUAAGUGCAAUUCAUCUCAAUGACUCCAAAGCUCCAUUGGGCGCAAACAGGGACCUUCAUGAGCUUCUCGGAGAAGGCUUUUUGGGGUUAGAAGUGUUCAGGCUUAUUUCUCACUGUGACAAACUAGUGAAUCUUCCAAUAAUUUUGGAAACUCCUCAGAAAAAAGAUGAGGGAUAUGGAGAAGAGAUCAAAUUGUUGGAAUGGAUUGAAACCAGAGAUGAAGACGAUAAAGAAGUGCAAGAAAAGAAUACUGCUUUACAGGCCAAAGGUGAAAAAGCAAGGAAAGAACAACUAUCCAAAUUCGAGGCAAAAAAGAAGAAAUCAACAAAUAGCAAGAGAAAGCUUUCUGCGAAGCCUGAAAAUUCUAUUCAAGAUCAACUUAAACAACAUAAGAGAUUGAAAGCAAAAAAGGAAUGA